UGGGUGGGUUCCCCGCGUUUCCCUGCGCGGGACAGAAGCAACUUACGAGAGACUCUACCAUAGUUUGGGUUCCUAGUCCUGUGGAUACAUCGCUCCAUGGUCCUGCUUUGGCUCAAAUCCUGGCACUCACUGGUUCUCUUUGAAUUAACAGCCAUCCCUCUAUCAUAAUGGAAUCAGAGAACUUCAUGGUCCUUUAUGAAGAUAACUCUGUAGAAGUCUACUAUCUGGAUGGAUCCAGGUUGCUCCUUUCUCCUUGUGGGUCUGAGUUUCUGUUUGAGCAUGCUGUUCCUGCCUCUGCCCAUCCACUCCAGCCACCAGAGAGGGUUCGCCAAAGGACACAGUUUGCUAUUAGCAUCUAUCGGGAGCAACUUUUGCAGGCAAUAGAUUUCCGGAAUCAAUAUUCUGAACAUCCCUAUUUGCCUUCAGGUAUUAUACCUCCUAAAAGGAAAUCUGUUUUUUUCACAGAUAUCUACGAAGCCAGCUGGCCCAGUCCUGAUACUGCUCAUGAGACAAUAUGUAUGCAUAAUGGCAUUGUGAAGGUGUCGUCUUUAGAUGGUCACACUUGCCUCUUCUUGCCAGAGCUUCAGCAAGACUUUACAGUGGAGUUUUUCUGCAAAGUCAGCCAAAAAUUAUCAAUGCCGUUACCUUUUUUAGAGAGAGGCUGCAACGAAUCCACCCAGGAUCAGUGUGGAACAUCCAGCCAACAUUCUGUCUUAAAGUUGCCCUCUAAGCAGCUGAAAACAGAAGAAAAGGAUAGUCUCUCCUUCAAGGCUACCAAAAAUCAUGCACAGGAUAGCAUUUCAAGCCCUGCACAAACAGAUCAUGAGAAUUGUUCCUCUGAAUAUUCUAAGGUUAUUCAGCAUAUGUCUGUAUCCUCCUGCCCUGAAGAAUGGAAGUACCCUUUGUCAUUGGCAUUUAUGUUUUAUCAGCUACAUGCUUGUAACAGAGCUGAAGCUGAUGAAGGAAACCAAAAGAGUGAAGACAUGCAACUUGAUGCUUCUCAGUGUGAAAUGUCUAAAGCAAUUACAUGUUUGCCUUCAGCUCUACCACUCAGCUGCCAUGCUCCAUAUCUGCACAGGUGGACUUUCAUGGAUUUCAUCCAGCUGAGAAAGGAGGACUGUCUGUAUUCUUCACAUUCGCAAGCAAUCAAAGUCCUGUGGAACAAGGGUGUCAUUUACAGGUUUCUUCUUAGAAGGAAAAGUAUGGAAAUUUACCCUGGUGAUGGAUCAGUUUUCAAAUCAGAGGGUUCCUUUUUGGGAAAAUAUUUCACUCGUUAUUUCAUUCAAGAAAAAACAAAACAGAGAGAAGAAACAAUGUAUUCUGUAAGUAGCCUUCCACCUGAUAUACCCGGAAGCCCAUACUCUGUGGGGGAAGUUAUUACACAAGCAGUAAGAAUUCUUCAACAUGAUCUUGAGAACAUACUUUCAUUAGCACAUAAUUACAGUGUCUGCUGCUGGAAAGUGUCUCCUGAGAUGCACAGAAGAGAAAUGUUACCUGUCCCUUUGGCUGAAAAUGUUAUUCCUAAUGUUGGAAGAUUCUUUGCAUAUCCAGAUAAUAAAAUACAUGCUGUCUUUCAUGAUGGAAUGAUCCUGAACAUGGUGUGGGAUUUUGGUUCUCCAUAUGGAAAGUCACAGGAUGCUAGCACAGGUUGGUGUAAACUGACUUCCCCAGAAGGAUCACAGCAGCUUCUCCACAUAGAUCAUCCUGGGGUCCACGAAAGAUACAUCACCCCGGUGGUGCAAUGGUGUAGUAGCUUGAACAAGGACCGAGGGAGAUGCACAGUUUCACCUGUACAUGAAGAAACAUGGUCAGUUGCUGCUGAACUUGAAAAAAUAAAAAGAUUCAACUUUUUAGUGGAGAACAGCAAUAUUCCAAGCAUGGUUUCAGGUGCAAAAAAAUACAUAUCCUCCAAUAUAGAUAGGCCGGAAGAAAACUUUUUAACUGAGGAUAUUAGUAAAAAGAACAUAGCUGAGACGCUGGAAAAAACGUCAAAGUUUAUCAGUGAUAUUGACUCUCUUUUAGCUUCUUCUGGAAAGCAAAACAUGAUCAAAGGUAUUUCAGAGGAUGCUGUUUUUCAUUAACCUGCUUGAAGACAGAAGGAAAUAAAACUAGAAGUUCAUGUGAUAGAGUUAAUAAUUCGUCCUGAGUCACAGACUCCAUGAGAUGACCAGUCCAUGGUUUAUAUGAGGGGCAAAAGAUGGGAAGAUUUCUGUUAAGAUUACAGAUAUACCUCCAUUAAAUGAAUGUCACUGUAUUUAAUUAAAAUUUGAAUUAAUUCUGAUUUUUCACUUGGGUGAAAAAAGUGCUGCACUGUUUCAGCUCUGCUUUUGAUCCUGUAUCAAAACCAUAAUAACAUAUUUGAGAUUUUGAUAGAGAGUGGAGAUGUAUCAAACUACUCCAGUUUAUAGAUGUUUGAAUAAAACAAUUCAGCGUUCAAACUAUUUCAUUAAAGUUUCCAUUCUAUUGUCACUUUUAAACUGUUCUUCUUUUGUAAGGAAAUUUUCAUUGCAGUUCGUGUGCAUUAAUAGUAUCAGAAUAAUCAUUAUUGAUAAAUUGAGAUCUGUCUUUAUUUACCUGUUAGAUCCUCAUCAGCUGUUGCAACUGUAAAUGUUUGUCCAAAAAGGAUAUUUAUGGACAAUAAAACCUCACAAAACCAAAUUACUUAAUAACUCCUAUAGUUGCAUGGAUUUAUUCCGAAUAACAUUAAAGGAUGAACACUAAAUGACUAUUAUUGGUACUACUAUUCAUUAAAUUAUUUGGUAUAACAAUAAAUGGUGUAUUGUAACAGUAAAUGGUGGUGGUGGUGAUGCUGAUGAUGAUAAUUUAUUGCACUGCAUUUAUAAUCCACCGUUCUCCCUUUUGGAAGGUACCCAAGAAGAGUUACUAGGUGCUUUCUUCUUUUUAUUCCCACAAAAACAUCCAUGUUACAUAGGUGGGCAAUGAUCGGCCCAAAAUCACACAAUGAGUUCCAUUGCUGAGCAGGAACUAGAACCCAGAUCUCCUUAGUCCCAGUCUAGCACCCUUAAGCACUACGCUACACUGACUUACAACUGUUUGGUGUUUUGUAAUAGUUUGCCACACAAGCAAAAUUAUCAAGGGAUUGCAACACACACCCCUGCCCCAUUUUGUUUUGUUCUUAAGGAAAAAUUACAUCUAAGCCUCUUAGUUUAAAAAAGGCAAGGAAGGGAAACAUGAUAGAGAUUCAGUACAUUUUGCAUGUGUGGAGGAAUUGGAUCAGCCAAACGCUUUUCUCCCUCAUUAUACUAGAAGCCAGAAGUUACAGAAUUCAUUUCCUGAAUUCAGUUGUAUAAGGGAUCAGGCCCGAAUAGACCAUUAGCAGAGUUAGAAAGCUACUGCAUAAAAAAGGAUAAGAAAAAGCAAAAGGAUUAAUUUCAUCUAUGUAUAAAAGCAUCAUUGAUAAAGAAUAUGGUAGUAAUAUGGGGAUUAAGACAGUUUGGGAGACUAAUUUAAACAUUAUCAGAAAAUAAUGUUAAAAAUAGUAUAUCAGAAAAUAUCAGAAAAAAAAUGGACUAGUCAACCAUACAAAUUGGUAUCAUCCAAAUCUAAGGAACUGGUAUUAAAAGUUGUACUGAGAUGGCAUUGUGCCUUGUGAAAUUGGAUAGAAUUAAUAGAGUGAUACCAGAAAUGUGCUGGAGUAAUUGUGGGUAUAGAGGAUCAUUAGAGCAUUUGUAGAUAACUUGUCCAAAGGUAGAAGCAUUCUAGCAUGAAGUAAGUAAUUGGUUAGAAAAUAUAAUAAAAGAAAAAAAUAAUUUUAAAUGAAGCUCUAUUACUUUUAUUAUUGAUGGGUGGAAAUGAAAAUUUAAUGAAAAGUUUGUGGCAAUACUUAGAGGAGCAGCCCGGAAUGAAAUUGCCCAAAGCUGGAAAUAUGCUCAAGACUUCUCCUUGCAAAGGUUUCUGAACAGUAUAUGGAUGGUCACAUUGAUGGAGAAAUUGACUCAUCGGGUUAGACUAUAUAGAGGAGAAAUAAAACAAGAUAAUUUUAUGAAAAUAUGGCAUCCACUAUUUGUCUGUGACAGGGACUCAGACAGUACAAAAGACAAAGUGGGAAUGCUGGUCAGCUUAUGCUUUGGAAGCUAUUGUGUGUAUAUAAGAUGAUAUUGUGUGUAAUAAGAUGAAUAUUGGAUUGUAUUAUAAUGUAAACAGUUUAACUUUGUGAUUUUUUAGGAUUGUCAGUAAAAGAAGGAAAAAAUAAAGAUGUACUGAUGGC